UACAUUGUGUCCUUAUGAUUUCAACAACUAAUGCAGCUGGGAGCUAGUCAUACAUUCAAAAAAAAUGUUUAGACAGGUUUGCUAAAAGGAUGGAUGUUGAAAUUUAAGCAUGGAAAUUACUGACGCUAACUGUGGGAUAAAUGAAGAUAAUUUUCCCCCAUCCUAAGUGGUGCUUUGUCUUCUGUGUCAAAAGCAGCUAAUCAAAGCCUACUUUGCAGUACAGCAUCACACACACUGAUUGCCCAGAGGCUUCUGCAGCCAAAGAGAGUUGCUAUGGGAAUCAAGAGGGCACUUGGAGACGGGAUCUGGGGCUUGGCUCUCUCCCGUCCAUGGCUGCUGCUGGAGUCACAGGAAUGAACAAAACGGAAAGGAGGUGGCAGAGAGGCACAAGGAAAUGCAUGCAUGUUAAGAGGAGGGACUGCUGUAGGUGGAGACACUGGAAUGGAGUAAAGCAAAGACACGAAUGCAUCCGGCAGUAGUGGCUCUGCUUGGCUUGGUUGGACCUGAUUCCUGCCGUAGAGUUAACCUAGCAGAACUACAGGAAAAGUCUUGACGGUAGCAAGUCUUCAAAAAGAUGGGAUCCAGCUCAUCUACAUACCGGCCCAAGUAUGUGUAUUUGGAUAUCGGGGGAAGAAUUCAGAAGGUGGCCUUCAGUAAAUACUGUAACUCAAGAGAUAUCAUGGAACUCUUCUGUAUUGCAACUGGUUUACCAAGGAAUACAACCAUUUCACUUUUCACAGUAGAUGACUGCAUGGUGUCCAUUGAUCCUACCAUGCCAGCAAACUCAGAAAGAACGCCAUACAAAGUAAUACCUGUGACCACUGGGCAACAAACAGAAAAAGAGGAACUGUUCCAGAAUUUGCUGGCACAGGUGAUCGAGCAAUUCUCCAGGGUAUUUAAAAUUGAUGAACUGAAAACCGACGUAGAUAAUCACUUGGCAAUGCUGGAGAAAAGAGUUGAAUUGGAAGGACUGAAAGUAGCGGAGAUUGAAAAGUGUAAGAGUGAUAUUAAAAAGAUGAGGGAUGAAAUGGCAGCGAGAAGCACCAGGACCAACUGCCCCUGUAAAUACAGCUUCCUGGAUGAGAGCAAGAGGCUGGUGCCCCGAAGGGAUGUGCCAUCCUAUCCCAAGUACAUGCUUUCUCAGGAGACAAUAGAAGCUCUUCGGAAACCAACCUUUGACGUCUGGCUAUGGGAGCCCAAUGAGAUGCUGAGUUGUUUAGAACAUAUGUAUCAUGAUUUAGGAUUAGUGAAAGACUUUAACAUCAACCCUAUCACAUUGAAGCGAUGGCUGCUGUGUAUUCAUGACAAUUACAGAAACAAUCCAUUCCAUAAUUUUCGACAUUGCUUCUGCGUUACCCAGAUGAUGUACAGCAUGAUCUCUCUCUGCAGUCUCCAGGUAAAGCUUUCUCAAAUGGAUAUCUUAAUACUAAUGACUGCAUCAGUAUGUCAUGAUCUGGAUCACCCAGGAUAUAACAACACGUACCAAAUUAAUGCACGGACAGAGCUUGCUGUGCGCUACAAUGACAUUUCCCCACUGGAGAACCAUCACUGUGCUGUGGCUUUCCAGAUCCUUGCACAGCCAGAAUGCAACAUUUUGUCCCAUGUUGAUAAGGAGCAGUUCAAACGGAUUAGGCAGGGGAUAAUUACAUUAAUCCUAGCAACAGACAUGGCAAGGCACGCUGAAAUUUUGGAUGCUUUCAAAGAAAUACUGGACAAGUUUGACUAUUCAAAUGAGGAGCAUGUGACCCAGCUAAAGAUGGUCCUGAUCAAAUGCUGUGAUAUCUCCAAUGAAGUUCGCCCAAUGGAAGUGGCAGAGCCAUGGGUAGACUGCUUAUUAGAGGAGUAUUUUAUGCAGAGUGACCGGGAAAAGUCCGAAGGCCUUCCGGUGGCCCCUUUCAUGGACCGAGACAAAGUGACCAAACCUACAGCACAGAUAGGCUUCCUGAAGUUUGUUCUUAUCCCAAUGUUUGAAACUGUAACAAAGCUUUUUCCAGAGGUUGAAGAAGUAUUGCUCCAACCACUUUGGGAAUCCAGGGAUCGCUAUGAGGAGCUGAAGCAAAUAGAUGAUGCUGUGAAAGAGUUACAGAAGAAGAAGAACGAAAGUUUGGCAAUUGGAAGCAAGGAGAAGUGAAAAGCAAAGGCAAGGCACACCAGGCAUUAUAAUGGACACAAAGAUCCUUUAGAGGUUUGCCAAGUCUAGCUAAGCAUCAUGGGAUUGCACAGUACUGACGGAGGAUGAGACUGAACAGCUGACACUGCCACAAGCACUUUUUCCAAGUUCCUUUUUUAUAUAAAAAAAGAACCCUAGUAUUUAUCCUUAUGGAUGCAGACAAUAAGGAAUCUCUGCUGUUGUACAUUUUUUUAAAGAAAAAGUAAUCUUCUAAAUAAUAUAUUCUUAUACCAAAAAAUGGCUGCUGUAAUUAUUCUCUUUUUAAGAUUUUAUAUGUCUUCUUUUUUUUUAACUGCUUCUGGUUGUCAUAUGGAGAUGUAUUGGGAAAAAUUGUACUUUUUAAGCGAGUUGUUUUAAAAAUCUUUUAAAAUGUAGUUUUGUGUAGCAUUAAAGUAACAACAAUUUAUCUCAAUAUGUCUGUGUACGAUUUAGAAGUGUCACCUUGCCGAGGGAUUUGACAAAACCAAUACCAAGCUGAGAAGCUUAAUGUUCUCUUCUCUGGUCAGCAACUGUUGGCCAGGAAAUCCCUUCAAGAGGGAGGGUGAAA